AUGGCGAAACGGGAACCCGCACAAGAUGGAGCGUACCCCUACCAAGCAUCACUGCAGAGGAAACGUGGACCGGAAAUUUACUUCUGUAGCGGCACCAUCAUCAAACCUCAAUGGAUUUUAACAGCUGCUUUAUGUUUCGAAGGUUACCGGAAAAGCAGUAACGAAUUAUCAGUAGGUGUUGGUAACAACGAUAUUACCUUAGGUACGACAUAUCCAGUGGAAAAAAUAAUUCUCCAUGAAAAUUUUAAUGAAACCUCCUUGGACAACAAUAUUGCUCUCGUCAAGCUGACCAGUGAGCUGACCUUCGACUCCAACGUGUCUUCCAUUGAUUUAGCAUCGAAAGAGACUGAACCUGGAACGAAUUGCACAUUGACCGGGUGGGGACCCUACACGAGCAACAGAAGGUUCCCUGAUCAAUUACAAGUGACAUAUCUGGACACAAUUUCUUUGGAUGAAUGUCGAAAAGCUCUAAUGUCCUACCCGAAUAGUGCUAUAACUGAUAGACAGCUAUGCGGAGAGAGAGAUGAACCUUUCGGUCCAUGUCAGCAAGAAGCUGGAGGUCCUUUGGCGGCUGAUAAUGAAGUUGUGGGAGCCAUAUUGGAACAAACAAGAGACCCAGAGACUAAAAUAGUGGGUGGUGAAAAGGCCCGAGCAGGUACUUUCCCGUACCAAGUAUCAUUGAGAAAGAAUGAUACUAAGGAAUUCCACUUUUGCGGAGGCUCCAUCAUCAGACCGAUGUGGAUAAUGACAGCUGCUCAUUGCACAUUUGACGUCAAUGCAAAAGAUAUGACAGUAGUAGCUGGAAGCAUCAAAUUGUCGUCAGGUGGCGAAAGAUAUAAAGUAAAACAAAUAAUGAACCACGAGGAUUAUGACAACUCAACUUUUGCAAACGAUAUUGCCUUGCUUAAAGUCGAUGAAAUGACUUACAACGCGAACGUGUCUGCCAUAGCUUUGCCCGACAGAAAUACUCCUGGUUAUAGAAAGGGCAUAGUUACAGGGUGGGGCAAUGAACAAAAGGGCAAUAACAACAGACCAGAUAAUCUUAAAUUGCUGACAUCAUAUACAAUAACGGUAGACACAUGUCAACUAAGGUUAGAAGGUAUCGGUAUUCCAGUAACAGACAAACAAAUUUGCACCAUAUCAUCAGGAACAACGGGUGCAUGCCAAUAUUACGAUGAUGUACCUGAUAAACUUCAAGUGCUUUACCUAAAAACGGUGUCGGUAGAACAGUGUCGAAAGGAUAUAAUGGUGAACAACAGGCCAAGCAAUCUCCCAAUUACAGAUGAUAAUGUUUGCGCUUCUAAAGAAGAAGGUGCAGGUGCAUGUCGGGGUGAUUCUGGAGGCCCGCUGGUGGCUAACAACACGCAAAUUGGUGUAGUAUCAUGGGGUAAGUUCAUCUGCGGUCAGGGAGUACCGGAAGUGUACGCGGGCGUUUACGAAUUCCGAGAUUGGAUCUUAAGCCACAUCGAUAAGGACGAAUAA